UGGUACAUACAAAAAAAAAAAGUUUUAGGGUGAACCUCCGCUGCUAUGGCUCCAUAUUAUCCUCAGCAAUGCUUUCCUCUUUUUUUUCGCGGUCAGUCUGGUUACAUUGUUGCAGGGUCAGAGGCAGGCCAGUGGGUGGAAGUAUAGCUGACCUCUGCCUGACACCAAGUGGGCGGAGCCGCAGCUCCCCGGCAUGCUUUUUUGUUUACAUUUACAGUGUAACUGACAGCCCGGGGGCGGAGUUUAGGGAGCCAUCGGGCGCUUGUCUCAAUGGAGCUGAAAGGCGGUGGGCGGUGACUGGGCGUGUCCUGUGCUAGUGGAGCGAUACAGUAACAGGCGUGGCUGGUGCCAAUGAGGGUGGUGACAGGUGCCAGUGGGCGUUGCUGUGUACCAUGUGCAUUGAGCGCCGUUAUCACCGGACACUACGAUGGCUGAGCAGGCGGAGGAGAUCCCACAGGAGACCGCCGCAUCCCCGGAGAAGCCGCCGUACUCCUAUGUGGCUCUGAUCAGCAUGGUGCUGGAGGAAAGCCCGGAGAAGCGGCUGUCGCUGAGCGGGAUCUAUGAAGCCAUUGAGCGCCGGUUCCCGUAUUAUUCCCGGCUGGAAAGGAAGGGCUGGCAGAACAGCAUCCGCCACAACCUCAGCCUCAACCAGUGCUUCGUCCGCCUGCCCCGACAGCCCGGCCACAAGGGCAGCCUGUGGGCGCUGGACCCCGCCUUCCACGACAUGUUCGAGCGGGGCAACUACCGGAGGAGGAGGCGGCUGAGACGUCCCCGGCAACCCCAGAGCGGAGACCCCCUGCCCGCCUUCCGAUACCACCAGGAGCCGCCACCGUGCUGCCUGCAACCUGGCUACUACAACUGGGGGCCCAGGGCCCCGAUCCUCUUCCCGGGGCCCUCCAAUAGCCCCUAUCCGAUCCCCGGGGGGUUCCAAGGGGAGAUGCCGCCAUUUCCCUACUGGGAGCAAGAGAUGCACUACAGGGGCAUGGUGCCAGCCAUGGUGGAAGUCUGUCCUCAAAUGCCAGGCUACAGCUACAGAGCCCUGCUGGCUGAAUGAACACUGUGCCAACUUCAUCCAAUGAUCUUCACUCUGUGCCAUCUUCAUCUGCUGUUCCCCAGUCUGUGCCAACCUCAUCUCUGUGCCAUCUUCAUCUGCUGAUCCCCAGUCUGUGCCAACUUCAUCCAAGGAUCUCCUCCCUGUGCAAUCUUCAUCGUCCCUGCCAUCUUCAUAAACCCCAGUCUGUCAACUUCAUCCACUGAUCUUCACUCUGUGCCAACGUCAUCCACGAUCCCCAGUCUGUGCCAACUUCAUCUCUGUGCCAUCUUCAUCUGCUGAUCCCCAGUUUGUGCCAACUUCAUCCGCCGAUCCCCAGUCUGUGCCAACUUCAUCCAAGGAUCUCCUCCCUGUGCCAUCUUCAUCAUCCCUGCCAUCUUCAUAAACCCCAGUCUGUGCCAACUUCAUCAUCUCUGUACCAUCUUCAUCUGCUGAUCCCGUCUGCCAACUUCAUCCACCGAUCUCCACUCUGUUCCAACUUCCACAAAUCUCCACUCUGAUCUAUCUGUGCAAUCUUCAUCCACCGAUCUCCAUUCUGUGCCAUCUUCAUUUUCUGAUUACCACACUGUGCCAACUUAUUGGCAUCAGCAACUUCAUCCAUAGAUCUUCUCUGUUUCAACUUCAACUGAUCUCUUCCGUGUGCCAAAUCCAUCGCCACCCCAAGCUUUAUAAGCUAUGGCACAUCCUCUGAUAGUUGGGCAUCGUCACCUGUCUUGCUGCAAUGUCUGUGCCAGUCCCCCAGUUAUUCAAGGUCUGGGCAGAUUAAUUCCUGCUAUAACUCCAAUAAACAGUUCUGACAGCCUGGCUGCAUCACAAUCCAAUCUUCACUGCCCUACCAAGCCUCAGAUGCUUCCAGCAAGUGCUACUAAUACCCAGAGACCUACCUCAUUGUGUUGUGAAAAGUUCUGCCUUUGCCAGCUGGGUACCACCUGCCAUCCACCCUUUUAAUAUCCUGAUUGACACAAUACAGCGCUGUGCCAUCCAGCCACCUCCCCAAAGCGUCAAUUCAUUGUCCUCUCCUUUGUGCCACCUCCAAUUUCAUCAGCCGACUGUCUUUGUGACCACUCAUUGUCCUUUCUAGCUCUAUAAGCUAUGGCGUUUCCUCUGGACAUGCCAUCUUCACUUGUCUUUGUGCAUCCGGACUACAAUGACUGUGCCAGUCUGCUGCUUCACCCUUUGUUUCAGAUCUGAGCAGAUUCAUUAUAUUACCACAGUUCUGACUACCUGCUUUCACCAGAAUCCAACCUCCACUACCCUAUCAAGUCUCAGAUGUUUCCUUGCAACUCCCAGCGGGUACCAACCGUGUUCUAAAAAGUUCUGCCUUUGCCAGUUGGGUACCUCUGCCUUCCACCCUUUACCGCCCGAGGACUGACACAAUACAAUGUUGACAAUCAAGCACUGGCCUUGAAGAUCCACAUAGGCACAACCACCAGACAUUCCUCGCUGCCUUUACAAAAUGUUAUCUGGUCCUGAGCAAAGGGCCAAACCUGUCGGUUUGCAUUGGAUGAUGCCUUGUCAGGCAUUUAUAUUGAACUCUUAUCACUAUUAGAGA